CAGGAAGUGGUUCUCUUUACGCAGUCCUCCAUUGGACCGAGCCGCUGUCAGUCGGGGCUGCCUCACGUUGAGCCCUGUCCUCCUCCCCGGCUCCGUGUCUGCUCAGACAGCCCUCAUAUUGGAUGCUCCAGGCAGGGAAGAGGAGCCCCACCAUGAUGAGGACCUGGCUGUCGCGGCGUUUAAAAAAAUCAGUUUAGCUUUUAAUCACUCUACCUAGUGUUUUUGGAGAUAUAUUUAUUUUAAAAUACAUCCGGGAUGAUACCAUCAAGUAACUGUUGUAGUUCUGCGCUUUCGUCCGACGCCGUGGUCCUCUGGGGGGAUCUAUGCCCGACUUUUCUUCAUAGCCAUUUUUUUCAGACAAAGAGAGCCGUUGAGUAGGGCUUCCAGAAAGCACCCCGGUCCAAGGUGCUCCGUUUCCUGAAGACAGUGGGCAACAUGUGGAGCAGCCUCAAGAGCAGAUGCCAGACUCUCUUCCACAGUGCGGGAUCUACUGAAAACAGAGUGGAGGUAGAAACGGUCCAGUGUGUGGUGGAUCUUGGUGAGGGAGGCGCAGAGGUUGAGGCUCAGGGCCCUGCCACCUCCAGCCAGUCAUGGAGCCUCAUGCCAGCACCAGUGGUCGCAACAGGACGCCGUCAUCAUAACUGUGUGUCAGAUAUCCCGCAGAUUGUAGAGAUCUCUGUUGAUAAGGACUCUGAGGAUGCCAGAGGAAUCUCUGGUGGUGUUCCCAUGGCACGGAGAGACUCUUAUUCCCGACACGCUCCGUGGGGGGGCAAGAAGAAGCACUCAUGCUCCACAAAAACCCAGAGCUCUUUGGAGGCCGACAGGCGUUCUGGGCGUUUAAGAGGCUGCGGGAACCGCAGGGAUAGGCGUUACGGAAUUAGCUCCAUCCAGGAGAUCAAUGACUCUGGAUCUGGGGGCAGAAGUCCGAACGCUCGUUCUUUGCGCCAGCGCCUGAGCGACACAGUCGGGCUGUGUUUACCUCUACCUGCUCGCAGACGCUCACAUUCUAAAAACCCUGUUAACUCCAAAAGGAAAAUUCACCUGACUGAGCUUAUGUUGGAGACCUGCCCCUUCCCACCGGGCUCCGACCUAGCACAUAAGUGGCACUUGAUCAAACAGCACACAGCACCGGUGAGUCCUCAUUCCUCUACUGCCCUGCUGGAUGCCUUCGACCCAGUCCACCCAUCACCAGAAGAUGAGGAGGAGCGUCUGCGCGAACGCCGCAGGCUUAGCAUCGAGGAAGGUGUCGACCCGCCUCCUAAUGCACAGAUCCACACCCUGGAGGCCUCCGUGCCAGGUCCUUCUCUCUACAAACUAGGACCAAAGAUGGCUCCUGGCAUUGGAGAGGUCUCUGGGGAAGCACGUGCCAGCGGAGCUUCCAGCUCUGUGAGCGUGGGAUCAUCAGGGGUGUGUGGGUCGUUGUUGGGGGCAACAGCAUCAGCCCAGGACUGUGAUUCUGAGGAGGAUUCAACCACCUUAUGUCUUCAAGCUAGAAGACCUAAGCAGAGGCAUGCCUCUGGAGAUGGUCACCAGAGCCGGCAGCAGCCUGGGCCCUGGAAGGUUCACACCCAGAUAGACUAUAUCCACUGUCUGGUGCCAGACCUCUUGCAGAUAACAGCUCUGCCCUGUUACUGGGGUGUGAUGGACCGCUAUGAGGCAGAGGCGCUUCUAGACGGACGACCAGAAGGCACCUUCCUGCUGCGUGACUCGGCCCAGGAGGACUACCUUUUCUCCGUCAGCUUCCGCCGUUACAAUAGAUCUCUUCACGCACGCAUCGAGCAGUGGAACCACAACUUCAGCUUCGAUGCUCACGAUCCGUGUGUUUUCCAUUCUUCCACCGUUACAGGACUGCUUGAGCACUACAAAGACCCCAGCGCUUGCAUGUUCUUUGAGCCACUGCUUACAGUGCCUCUGAACCGGACCUUCCCUUUCACCCUGCAGCACCUGGCUCGGGCUGCCAUCUGCCGAUGGACCACUUAUGAUGGUAUAGGCUCUUUGCCAUUGCCCCCUGCCCUGCAGGACUUCCUCAAGGAGUAUCACUAUAAACAGAAAGUACGAGUUCGCUGGCUAGAGAGGGAGCCGCCACUCAAGGUUAAAUAAGAUGGGCUACUCUGCCACCUGUGCACGCUCGCUGAGGAAAUUCCUCGGUAGCCCGUUAGACGCCAUAGUAAUGUGGCUUUCUUUUUAUUGGAGAAUAGAAUUAAGUAUAACAAGCUAAUACAAAGUUCAUUCUAAUCUUUGUUUUCUGUAUUACUUGCAUCACUGAGAAUACAUGAUUAUAUUCAGUGUAACGCUGUCUGUCAAGCACAUUUUUAAGAUGAACAGGUUGUUUUGACACGGAGGAAAGGCCCUUUGUGUCUCUUUCUUCUAAUUUUUGUGCUAAAUGUCCGUGCUGAACCCACACCACCACCCUGCUCGUAGACCUGCCUGCAUGUCUCCCCCUCUCUUCAUACCAAACUACUAUCUCGAGCUGUACAGUUCACAUUGUGCGUUCUUUGUUUUCACCAUUUACCUUCAUUAACACUUGGUAGAGCACCUUAACAGGGCUGGGUGUGUGUGAGCUGAGCAGGCUGCUGUUGGUGCAGCUGAUCAUUUUGCAGCCAGAGCUGACGACGUGAGUCUGAAUGCAAAAGAUACAUUCAAUGCCAUAUGGUUGCAUGCAUGAAAUCAGCUAGAUCUCUUUUAAAGUAUGCAUAUGGACCAUGGCUAAGUUGACAGAUUUAUUCCUGAUGUGUGACGGUACUUCAGGACAAAUUGCAUAUUUCUUAUUAAAGUCAUAUCUUAACUAUCUU